AUGCAAUCACUAUUUUACGAAAUUGAUAAGAAUUCAAAUGAUCAAUUCUGGAUUCCUCCAGAUAUUAACAUUCUCGCUGAGAGUUCAAAUAUAAUUCACGGAGGCAUCUUAACGGAAGUAAAGCCUACUGGAAAAUCACAUGAAACCUACUUCCGACUCACCAAAUCUUAUUUAAUAGGGAUCUCAAUGUCAACUUCUGAAAUAAAAAAAGCUACAAAGCUACGAUGGAAAAUAAUUGAGCCUUUCCUUGAAGAGCGGAAAGAAGACAACAAAUUUGGCUUCCGGAUUUGUUUUGGAAACCAAUCCCAAUAUUUUUACGCAAAAAGUUCUGAUGAUCUGGAUAAAUGAAUUGAUAAGCUUUCUAGGCUAGCAGUUAUGACAGAUAUUGAAAAUGAUUAUAAAUUCCUAAAACAAUUAGGCUCUGGAGCAUUUUCUAUCGUGUAUUUAGCCAAAGAUUUGGAUAAUUUCAAACAAGUUGCAAUAAAAUCUUUCAAGAAAUCUUAUUUAAAUAGUGAAAGUCGAAUAAAUGCACUGAAAAAUGAAAUUGAAAUACUUUCAUUAUUAGAUCAUAAAAAUGUGGUAAAAUUGCAUAAAGUUUAUGAGUCAGAAAACCAUGUACACUUGGUGCUGGACUACUUAGAAGGAGGAGACUUGCUACAAAGAAUUCUAUAUAAAGGGCCUUUUGAUGAGAAAAAGGCAUCUAAGCUUGCUUAUAAACUGCUGUCAUUGCUUGAGUAUUUUUCAGAAAUGAACGUUGUACAUAGAGAUAUAAAGCUGGAUAAUAUUUUAUUGGUUUCUUCUGAUAAGGAUACUGAUUUUAAACUAGCUGAUUUUAAUUUGGCCUGCGUUUCUGAAGGAAACCUCACAGCAAGAUGUGGGUCACCUGGCUACGUCGCUCCUGAAAUUUUACGAAAAAUUCCUUAUGGAAACAAAGUCGACGUUUUUAGCGUUGGUAUUGUCCUUUAUAUGAUUUUAUCAGGUCAUACACCUUUUUCAGGCAGAAACUCCAAACAAACCCUUAUGAAAAACAAACAAUGUGUCAUAAAUUUCAAUGAUCAAAGAUGAAGAAGUAAAACAAAAUCAGCGAUAAGGGCUAUCCUUAUUCUCACACAGCCUGAUUAUAGAAUCCGUCCUUCAGCAAAAGAAGCAUUAAAGUUUCCUUGAUUUUCAUCAUUUAAAGAAGGUAAACUUGUCGCAGAUUUUGGGUUUGGCUCUUGUUUUGUAAGACCCCCUCAGCCGAACAGCACACGGCUGCCUGAUAUUAAUCAAGUUAGUAGGAGAAGAAGAGUGUCUGUUGAUGAAAGUUCGAGGAUAAAUGAAAUAAAUGAAGCAAUUUUUAGCGGACUUAUGAACUCGACUAAAAAGAGAGUUAGGAAUUUAAGUAGGCCGAUUGAUGAAGAUUAG